GUUCACGGUUCGCAUUUCUUUCUUCACAUGGCUAGCCUCUCUAUAUGUUGCUCAUGUGGCUCUAAACUUGUGUUGCUCUUCAAGGUUGUUCCAGGAUCAUGCCGGUUCUGGCAAAUAACUUGCAUCAAGCCGCAAGUUUCAAUGGCACAUUGAACGUUGCAGUAGGUUCGAAUACCAGCGAUACUCCUCCAAAUCUUGAAUCUGGGACAAGACAUCACAGACCGCUUAACUCUGAACCUGUGCCAGACUGGCAGGAAGCGAAAGCUGCCUUUAAAUGGGGCUGGGAAUUGCACUGGAUCUCAUUCGUCGUGUUGUUCCUGGGACUUGCCAUAUACUCCACAGUGAAGCUCGUCGCUGCUUCGAAAAGGCGGCAAGUUCGGGAAAAAGUAUCCCGUAAUGUCUCGUACGCUGUACACUCGUUGUUGAUAGUUCUCGGGAUCACUCGGGCUCUCGCGCUGGUACUUUUCCCGUACGAAAUUACGACAAAUUUGAAUGAAGCAGAUAUUGUCAUCCCUCUGUAUGUUCAUCGGAUUAUUUUUGGUCUAGGAUUUCCUUGUUUCAUGGCGGCGUUUGCCCUGAUACAAAUAACGUUCACAGCCAGCGUGAAAACAACACCGCUGACGUUCUCCAAGCUGAGAAGAAUUCGAUUUCUGGUUUUUGUCAUCAUAGGGCAUUUCAGUGUUGUUAUCGUAGCAGAUGUGGUAACCGCUUUAGUGGAAAGUACCUCUGCUUUAUACAUGGUCUGCACUGCGUAUCUCCUCUCGAUGACUCUAUUCACAGGUAUCCGUAUUUCAAAAACCGGAUGGAAAGUCGUUCGCGAGAACAGAGAACACAACUUCACCAUGCCAAGUACCAUGACGGCAUCGACCAUGACUAUCGGUACCGCACACCGCAUGCGUCAGGCUUCGUUUAACAGAAGAGCAGUCAGAAAAGUAUUUACCAUUACUACACUUACGAUAUUUUUCUGCAUUGCGUUAUUUGCUUUGAAAAUUUACGAUUUAGUCGAAGUUAUAGAAUAUGUGUAUGUGCUUGAUAAAAACAAGAAGCUGGCUCCUUGGCCCUGGUUUAUUCACGAAACUUUAUUCCGUUUGACGGAGUUUGCAUUAGCUUGCACAGUUAUUUAUGCUGUUUCACCUCUUAAACCUCCCAAGGAGUGCAUCCUUGGUUGCAAUUGGUGUUGUUUUAAGUCAGGAACGAGUGAAAUCACUACGAGUAGAGGUGAAUACCGGGAAAGAGCGGGAACCAAUCAGGUGACAUGCUCCGGUCCUCCUCCUGAAACUACCAGUAAUAACUAUGUUUAACUUUCGGUUUGCAAAACGAACUCAUCAAUAGGCAAUCAGUACGAGGAGUAGAAACGGUGGGACAAGAACAGAUUUAAAGAGAUUUAAGUAUUUGUUACAAAGAAUCUACAAAAACUACGAAAGAGGCCACUCGGCGUAAUUUUGUUAGGAAAAACGGCUGUCGAUAAUCUGCUAUGAACUGAAUGUACUUUCACCUGACCUGGGCUGACACUCUCAUCGGUAACAAGCGAUAUUUCGAAUACAUAUUGUAAUUGACGGCCAUGUGGAUUGAACCGGGAGGAAUUAUAAAUUACAAAAAUUGACACCUUAAAGCACCGAAAAUUUUUAACUUCUCAUUACUAGAAGAAGCCCUGAAAAUGUUUCAGAGCCUCGUUGAUCAGAUUAGCCAGCCUCAUGGCGCUUUCCGAUCGUGCACACAAAAUUGAAAUUUGAAGUACUCGCAACAACCAAUCAGAACAAAGAUUUAUCCAAAGAACAGAUAUCAAAUGGAGCCAAUGAGAAGCCGACGACCCGAAGCGCGGGAAAAUGUGUGUGACGAUGUCGCGGUGGGUUCUAGUUUUGCAUCUGAUUGGUUGAUCGGCUUAGGCAAAUUUCUUAAAUCAAUCAAGGAGCAAUCCCAUACUUCAACACACAAGUGACAAGAAUUCUUAGGAGACCGAAGUCAGCUUCAAUAAGCCAAUGGUGGUCGUGAUAAAGUAGUUUUACAUUUUUUUACUAGAUUUUUUGUCGCAAAUGUAAAUUAUGAAAGAGAAGCGGUAAUGUAAUGGUUUAACACUGAUCCCUAACCGAGCGUUCUAGAUGGCCGAUGGAAUCAUCAACUGUGCCACUUUUUUGGUUAACACACUCGCUCCCACCCUCACUCGCCUCAUAGGUUUUUCCCACAAACGUGGGGUGAAAAUUUCGGGUUGCGACGUAUUUGAACGCAGCCCGCCCAAAUCCUCACUCCUUUUUUCGCCCUCCACUUUUCUCACGACUAGAUUUCUGACUGUCCGCGGAAUGUAGCCCGAGGCUGAUACAAUCAGCGACAACUCAGACAAUUUCAUCUCUUUUUUCCCUAGCUAAGUUAACCUAUUCGCCCCAUUCUCCUCGAAAACAAUGUUGUAUCGUGAUUCCAUGAACUUUUGGCCAACAUUGAAUGGGGGAGGGAGGCUGUUAAUGAUUAAUAGUGUGGUAGAAAUAGGAAUGUUAUUCUUCACAUAAACAGAAUUCCUCCGACAUGAUGUGUCAACUAAUUUUGAUGCUGAUUGUAGCUCGUUGGUCCAAAGCUUUAAGGAAGUCAUUGAACUUAGUUCAACUUGAAAAAAUACGUAAUCCUUGCCAAAAGCCCCCAGGAAGGAAACAAUUUACAGUGCACUUUCUAUCAUUUUAUCGCCGUAAUGUUGGCAGAACAUGUACGAGAAAAGUUUGUAAAUCACGAGUCAGAGGCGAGUGAUCCAACACUUUUGAUGUAAAAUAAACUUAUGAAAUAAACUUCAAGUUUCUAUUGGUUUACAGGUGCAAAACGCAAAAAGUGCUUUUGACUUAUCAUGCCCGCUUUCGCUCACAGACAGCUUGUAGAAUCACCAGGUCUAUCUUGAGUCACAUUUGCGUCCAAAGGUUUCUAAAUUUAAUCUUAAUUGUGUUAAUUCAAAAUACGCGAUGAAAUAUUUGUUUAGUUCUCAUAAGACUCUAUAACAUAGGGAGCAAAAUUACUUAUGCUGAUUUACUGAGUCAAAGGGGAGUU